ACAAAACCAAGGUUGGACAAGUUACUCAAUUUAAUUUGUGGAAACCUUUAUAUUGUAACUUGUAACUUUCAUAUAAAGUUACAGGAAAAUUUGUAACUAGCUACAAGUUACUAGUUAAAUUGAAAAUGAGUAACUUGUUACAAGUUACAAAAGUAACAGAAUUACAUUACUUAGUUACAGAUGGUUGGGUGAUAGAAACCGAUGUCUUGGGUUCUUUAUUCUACUGUCCAAAAAUGUGUGGUCGUAAAUAUAAAUCAAAAAGAGCUGUAAAACUACAUAUGAAGUACGAGUGUGGGGUCAAACCUCAAUUUCAAUGUAAUAUUUGUGAUUAUAAUUUAUUAAUUUGUCUAAGAUGUGGACGUAAGUAUAAGCACAAGUCUACUUUAAAAGCACAUUUAAGAUAUGAAUGUGGUGUGGCACCGAAGUUUCAGUGCAGUAUAUGCAAUAAAAUGUUUAAACAUAAAUCACAUUUAAAAAAUCACGUAAUAUCAGUUCACAAAAUUAUUAUUUGAAGAAAAAGAACAAAAACAAUCUACUUAUGUAUUUAUCAACUAUGUUAAAAGGGAAGGAGUGCAAAGUGGUCUAUGCUGCAUCAAAAGAUUAAUGGGCAUAAUUAGGGGAUAUUUUUGUAUUAUCGUGAAACAUAAAAUUAUCAAUGCAACAACAUAAUAUAUAAUAUAGGUCAUUUAUAGUCAUUUAAUGUACAAUUAAAAAAGCAAAGAUAGGCCAGUGUUGCAUAAAAAUAUUUUUAUAUUAUCUCAUUAGCUUUUAUUAAUUUAAAAAUUAUAUCGGAUAGACCACUGUUGCGCUUAACUCCUCUUAAUAUUAUUUUAUUUUUUCAAUAUAUUAUCUUCUAUUCAUUGUUAUAGUUAAUCUAGUUUGAUAACUAGCGAGUACUAUGUUACUGGUAUAUUUAUUAUAAUAAAGUAAUAAGUAAUAAAAGUAUAAUUGAUAAUUAUUUGAAUUGAGUUUUUAUUUCUAAAAUUUUUAUUUUGAUGGCUUUUUUUUUGUUUUGAACGUAAGUAUUUGUUUAAUGUUGAAAAAGAUUAAAUAGUUAAUAAUUAAAUAGUUAUAUAUACAAUUUAGUUUACUUAAAUGUUGUACCUAUUCAUUCAAAAUACUGUACAGUUUAAUUAAAUUGUUGGAAAAUUAUUUUAUUUCUUGCAAUAUAAACAGAAAAUGAAGAACCACACGGAUUACAAUUUAUUUAUUUUAAUAUUUUUAAUUAGAAAUCUGUUCUUAAUGUGAAUGAAAUCAAACCUGCUAUAAUUUGUUUACCUAACCUAUUAUAAUAACAAAAUAAAAUAUAUGUUAUGUUAAAAAUGAAUUCAUUUUAUGAAUUCUAUAAAAUCUAUAAAUUAUAUAGUUAACUAUGAAAAUCAAAAUUGUAGUAAUGCAUAUUUUAUUAAUUAGUAUAACUUAAUUUUCAGGUUACUUAACCUAAUCUAACCUAUGAAACUAAGUAAUGGCCAAUUUAAUUAAAAAUACCUAUUUAAUUACAUUUGUCAACAAAAAUAAUGUAUAAGUAUUUUUAUUUCUAUUGUGAAAAGACAUUAUAAAAAUGAUUUUAUUUUAAUAGAUAUGGUGCAUAACACUCAGUAAAUGCUUAUAAAUAAAAUAUAAAUUUGUAUUCUAUGUGUAUAUUUUACUAGGAAAUACACAUAUAUCAUAAUUGUUCAAUUAAAUAUAUAUAAAAACAGUUACUAAAAAUAUAAAUUUGACUGCCACAAAUUUGAUAUUUAGGUGUCGAGUAGUGGUGUGCGGUCAGGGCAAGUGAAGUCCACAUGUCCGCUUAAUAAGGAAGAAAAAUGAUCUGUAAUGAUGAUUUGUAAUG